CCGUCUCCUAUUCCAUCCCUAUUUCUUCUUGUCUCCCUAUACCCCACCCCGCUUCCGCCUGUACUACCACACCGCCUUGGACCCUCGAGCCACCCACGCCCACCCGGCCCAUCUCCUUCCCAUUCUCUUGAUCCUUGACGACCCAGCCUGCUUGAGAGGCCCCUAACAUAGCAUGGUUCGCACCUCUCAAGAACCCAUCCCGACUACUCCCCAGCUCCGACGCUCUACAUCCACACAGCCCCGCCCACGUCCCUCUGCAGUCAAUGCUACGCCCCGACAGGGACAAAAGACGCGUCCCGUCCUCGGCGAAAGGCUUGAAAACUUUGCACACCCCAUUCCCCAAUCCAGAGGCCUGAAAAACGCGGUCAAGAUCGUACCAAUGUCCAAGCGACCGAGACCGACCGAUUCGCCGAUGCGCCCAAACCUGACGAGGUUUAUCGCCAAAUCGCCCAACGCUACGAUGCGCUCCCCAUCCUCUUCUUCCUCCUUCCGCCUCAAUACAGGCAACGCGCCGAGGCCGUCUGCCGUUAUACCAUCGUAUGGUGAUGAUUCACAGCUAUUGGACAUGACUAUGGGUGGCGGGAUGGAUGCUUUUGAAACCACCGACGAGAGCGAGGACGAGCUCGGUGUCUGGAGCGCGGGUGGAGGAAAGCACACAGGAAUGUUGACUCCUGCUAAUAGCCAAACUUUGAUGGCUGAACAAAGCUCUCCACAAACUCUCAAGAAGACCAGCAAGUCGACUGUUGGGCGACAACGUACCCCGGUACACCUACCUUCCCCACCCGCAUCACAAGCCACACAGGCUGAAGGCAAUCCCUCGGGCUCCCGCAUCGCCUCCACCUCCCACGUCCGAACCCGCCCCUCUCCCACACCCCCGAGACGUGUCUCCACCCUCUCUGCUUGCGUACUCGAUGACACAUGUCUCCAGAGAUUGCCGUCGCCGAAUCCGAGGGAAAAGAAGAAGGCGAGGUCCAGCGGCGGGUCGACAGGAUCGACCAGCUCGAAAGUGGUCGAAGUCGUUGUCCCCAGGAGAAGAACCACGCAGGAGCCGAGGGAAGUCAGCCCUCAAGCGCCUUCCCAAUCUCUCUCGAGAUCGACCAAGGGCAAAGGAAGACCUGCGGGUGCAUCUCUCUCGCAAUCGACAUCCCGAUUGCCGAGCGCUACGCUCUCACAAUCCACAACCUCCAAACGUCGCACAAGCGGCGGCUCCCUCAAGAGUUCCACCUCUUCGACCAGAACCCCCGCUCCCUCUCGCAAGAAGUCUAUUCCCUCCACUGCUCCUGCUCAUCGCCGGCAAUCCAAACCACCAGCGACGGCUUCCUUCAAAGAAGCUGCCAAACGUCGAGCUUCGACAGGCACAGCUCUUUCAGAGUCGACAAUUGGCAAAGCCAAGAGCAGGCGCAGAAAGACAUUGACACCAGAGUUGGCUCAGGCGCUGAGCGGCAUUCUGCCAGAACCGAUUCAUGGAAGUCCAGGAGAUGAUCCUCUGCUUCUGAAGGGGGAAUUGAGACGGGCCAAGAAGUGGGAUGGGCGAGUGAAUGGAAGCGGUGAGAGGGGUAGUCAGGGAUUGGGGUUGGAAUUUGAAGGCGACUUCGGUUCCCCCGUCCGCAAACCAGAAGCACGACAGAGAACCAACUCUCUUAUGCCUCGUCCAGCUGCCGUUUCUGAACCUCCCCGUGAUCAGUCCCCUGAACCCGAGCUAGAACCCCGGAUCGAGGGUUACAAUUACAACGAGUUCGGCGAGAUCGAUCUUGGUCAGAACGACGCGUAUCUUGACAACGCAGGGGGCUGGUCCGAUGAUGGAAGUGAGACAGGAGACGACACUUUCGUGCAUGUCAAAGAGAGAAACUCCAGAGAUGGAGUAGAGGAGAGGGCGCAGGAUGAGGAAGAAGAGAUACCGGCGAGUCCGUUCAUCCGUAGACCUGUGUCUGUCGGACCUGAGCCAGGGGAGGAAGCUGAAGUGCGAGGGCUUUCACCUGCUCCGCUGAGUGACCGUGUAACGACCGAAGAGGGAGAACAUCCCAAGGAACCGAUCAUGGAGCAAGAGGCUGAAGCUGAGAACGUCCCCGAUGACGACGGCGACAUAACCCUCGAAGCAGUCCAAGGUGAAUGGGAUGAAGGGGACAGUGGAGAGACUGCUGUCCGUUACACCCUCGAGCGUUCACCGGAGCUUCCGGAUCUGCGACAUCUUCCAGGAACGUCAAUGUCUCCAAUGGGUGAGGCGCCCGAAUGGUUGGCCGCUCCUUCUUCAAGGGCAUCUUCGCCUGCAUUCUCUACGAGCGAAGUGGGAUCGCCUAUCAAACAUCGGGCGGCUUCUGCAACUCCGGUCCCCAUUUCGCGCCGGCAGACGCCAUCACACACCCCUCCUGGAUCUCCUCGAAGUCUGUCCCCUUCCCCCGAACCCACCCCAACCCGACGUCAAUCCAUACUUCUGUCGACCCCAACUGCGUCCACCUCCUUGCCUGUUCACUCACAUGACUUUGCUACAGACAUAUCAAUCAAGCGGCCUGAGGAACAUGUCUCCGCUGAGGCAUCUCCUGUGCUGUCAGUCACCUCCCGGCAGACUGCGAGGACACCUACUCAGUCACCAUCCGCUUCGGUUUUGCAGCGAAGUUUCCAUGCCCUCGACUUUACGACCAGUGAUCUUGCUCAGCUUCGAGAAUCGUCUAUGAUGAUGUCUUCGCCUUCCAUGUCCGUGUCAUCAGAGCGUACGGCAAGGAUGGCUUCUCGAUCUCCUCUUCCUCUACCGUCUUCUUCAGCCUUGCGGAGUAGCAUCUGUGCUCCCGUCACCCCUCUUGCACGGAUGGCCAUCGAACCCAAGGCAGGAGAGGUCGACGUAGGCCAGUCCUCGGCCCAGUCACUAGCUGUCCCAAUCAGAAGCCAGUGUCUCACAUCAGUAUCUCCGGGGGCGGCAGACACACCACGCAAAUUGGGGAAAAGUCUGGCGAGAUUGCCGUUCUCGUUGAUCAAGUAUCGAGGAGAGGUGCAGAGUAGUCCGAUGGUGCCAUUCAGCUUUACACGGGAGCCUUCAGAGACGCCUACCAACUUUUCCGACACCAAGCCCGCCGAAGAAGACCGCAAAGACGACAUCGUCGAGCAAGCUGAGCGAAUGGUAGCUCGUUUAUCGAUGCCUCUCUCUCCUCGAUUCGACUGCGCGGGAUUACGAGAAAGCACGCCGUCUGUAGUGGUUCAAGAGGCCUCUUCGCCGAGAGAGACUCCUGCAAAGGAGUCGACGCACGCGGCAGUCGAAACCCCUAAUAGUAGUGCCGUGGAAAGUCUUUCACCAAUCAUGGUACCGGUAUCGAAGCGUCGAACUCCAUCACUUUCACCCGGGCGGGAAAAAGUGCCACCCAGAGCUUCGUCCGUGAUGUCUUCAGACCAGAUCGCGCCUGCUCUGGGAUCGCUUUCUCCUUCAAGCAUGUCUAGGUCACCUCACCGUGGAGAAAACUCUCAAAGGAAUGAAACUCCUGUCCAUGAGCCGAGUCCUACCCAGACGUCGUUAACGACUCUGAGAUCACCCACUCCUGUGCGCGAGCCAUCUUCGGCACGUGCGGCUACUCCUGUUGAAAAGGCCAAUCCUACACGGAACAGGUCUUCCCCGUCGACCUCGGCCGUAUAUGCUAUGGGAGACAGCACGUUGUGUUCUCCUGCAGGUCGCUCUCCCACCCCCGCACAGGCUCUUCGUUCUCCGACACUCCACAUUACCACUCCAAACAUUGCCGAGCAGAUUCCCCUGUCGCUGGACGGGCCCACCCCCAAGCCCAUGCCUCGCUGCAGUAAUGGCACUCCCCAUCCUUCUGCGUCUUUUGACAUGAGUAGCUCGCAUCUCGAUCUCAGCCCUAGUCUCAAAAGGCCUUUGUCCAACAAGCAGUCCAUGCUUGGGUCAGAAGGUUCGCCUCAGAGGACAUUGACCCCUGAGCUCGAAAGUUAUUCGACGCAUUCAUCGCCUAGACGAUCUCCUCGGCUCAGUAUCCAAGCGCGCGCUGCCUCUUUGCCAUCUGUCUCUUCAAACUGGCCUGCACACCCUUCGCUUUUGGUGGAGGAUCAGGGGGCCGACGUUCGAGUAUUGGAAGACCAGGAAGCGGAGACUGUACCAGACGAUCUCGGGUCUCAAAGUGUCACACCAACAAGUGGCCCCGAAAUCAACGAGCCGCGCGCUCUCCGCCCCGCCAGCGACCAAUCUGGACAAUUGGGGGCAGUCUACGAAGAUGAAAAGCUUGAUUCGACCGAAGAUGGAAUCAUCUCCAACGGGGAUGCUACAUCGGACGAAGAGAUGAUCGAGGGCGAGAGUCUCCUGUCGAACAUAACAGACAAGACUGCGGAGGCAGAGGCGGGUGCAUGGGACGAUUCCACGACGUUUGAUGACCAGUUGCCCGUCAUCAGCGAAGAGACUCAAGUAGCAGCCAGGAGAGAUGCCGACGGCGAGAACAGUCUCUCAGAUGACGAAUCCGAGAAGGGUAUCCUCGAAGAGACUGAGUCGGAUACUGAGCAAGAGAUCUGCGACGAGAGCGUGAGUGGGGAGGCGUCCUCUAUCGAUGGUGAACGCGAAGAAGACGGAGAAGAAGAAGGCAACGUGGGGGAAGAGGCAGAGGGGAAGAUUGUUAUCUCUGUGGUCCACAGGGGUAUUGUCAAGAUUGAGCCCGAAGAGGACGAGGAGAUGAUCAUCUACGACAAUCCUGCGCAGCAAAGAGAUGCCGUCCUCCCCGUGCCUCCCUCUCCUGCGAAAGAACACGCAGGAACUCCUGCACCGUCAACACCGACGAAGCCACAGCAAUCUCAGCUCACAACCACUCCUCAAGGUAGCCCUGGCCCUACUCGUGCCUGGCAAGCUACUACUGGAAGUAUGGUGGCUCCAACAGGCGAGAGACCCUCAUCCCAAGGCUUCGCUUCGGGUCCUGGGCCGAGCACACCAGCCGCAUUAUCCGCUAGGCAAGCUGCUGCCGAGAGCCCCGCUUCCCCUCUCUAUCCUUCUCUUGAAAGCCUCGCCUCUCCUCUUGCUGCCGGUAUGAGCUUUGUCACGUCAACCCCCGCCCAGCACCAGGCACCCAAUCUCACAGUCAGCCUCAACACACCUGUUCGAACGCCAGCUCUACGAGUUGCUGCCAAAAACAACUCGGGCGAGGGAAUAUUGGCGCUUGAGAGGGUGUUUGCUCGAAAGCAGGUUGGCCAAUCAAAGUUGUCUCGACAAGUGCUUCCUUCUAGUUCUCCUUCUCAAGCGGACGUUGAUGGUAUCAUCGAAGCUCCGCUCACAGAGAAGACUGCUCUGCAGGAAGAAGGGCCCUCGCAUCUCAGUGGUACUGACUGUGACUCGUCAGCUGAGAUGGAGGCUUCUCCCAAAGCAAAAGGAGACAAGGCCGACCAAUCUAUUCGAAUCAAGAAGCCCCGAGAGUCGCUCUAUGACGAGUUGACUGCCGCAGCUGCAGCCAAGGGCGGGGAGGAUGCGGACAACAGUUUUAACUCGAUAGUAGAAAUAUCGAGUAAGGAUCCACAAGCCGCUGCUCGAGCUGCUGCUCUUCUCAAGAUGAACCACAAGUACAUUGAAUACGGUAUUCUCACUAGUGCCACUGAGCAAGCCAAAGAGGCCAGCUUUGCCUCCAGCAGCUCGCAUCGCGUUGACAAACGUGACCUGCUGUACGAAGCCGAACUGGAUCUUGUCUCUCAGCGUCGCAGUCGUAGUCGCUCUACAAGCUGCGCUCCGUCCCUUGCACGAGAAUGGGAGGAGACGAGAGGCGAGAGAGAGAUGUCUGUCAUGUCUUUCAGGACCGAUGACUUCCCUGUACCCGGUGGCUUUGUCAAAACACCCAUGAAGCGUCCGCGAUCACCUCUCCCCCCCUCAACUCUUACCCGGUAUCACUCGAAUACUGCCCAAGUUGAUGCUUCUGUGGCCGCCAGGAGAUCCAGGAGCAAGUCGAGCAAGGCUUGGGGAGUGCAUGAUUGGAAGCGCCUCGAAAAGGCGUUUCAAUUGAACAAGGAGGCAUGGUUGAAGGAGAGGGAAGUCAAGGCGUUACCUGGAGGACUCAUCUCGUGGGCUAGGCGUUCCACAUUCGGACAGUCCACUGUCGUGAAUGAAGUCAAAUCAUGGGAUGCUGAAGGAUUCGUCGCCGAGUUCCUGGAAGGUGAAGGGGAGAGGGCUAAAAGGGAGGAAUGGAAUCCCGAGCAAAUUCUUCUGAGAGUCCAUGCGCUCGAGAGCAGGUCUGAGAGAUCGAAGAACGGAAACGCCUCUACCUCCUCCUUGCUGGAUCUUCAAACCCCCGCCAAGAAGUCUCGAGUGGAGCGAGACUCGUCCGUCUCGAUCGAGGUCUCGUCUGUAGACACUCCGGCCCCUACAUCACAGGCUGCGGCGCCUUCCACUCUCAAGAAGAUGUUUGGCUACGUCUGGGGACGCGGUGGCUCUUCCACCGAAACUACCCAGGAGAAGAGUAGAGGGUUGAUGAAGGACUUUGAAGCUGUCAAGGGGAAGGCGAAGGAUGACUCGCAGAUGAAGGAGAUCGUUACGACCAAAACUCCUGUGAUACCCUCUACCUCUGCCAGCCGUGUGAUGCCCGCGUCGAUCUUCAUUCCUCGCUCCACCUCCACCCCUGCCCUCACCACCUCUGCGUCCUCCAUUCCCAACACCUCUUACAACUCCAGCGCUUCGUACAAUUCCGAUUCUUACUCUUCUUCCCAUGGCAACUCCUCUGGACGCUUAUUCCCGCCCCUCGAGCCUUCUCUUACACAGAGGACGUCGGCGAUUGCCAAGCUGUUCCCUGACGGGGCCCCCCAUAUCAGGCCUCCUCCCCCCAAGGAGACUCAACCCAUCAAACUUCCUAGUUCAGCGUAUGGCGUGAAGAGAUCGGGGAGCGUGAAGGACAUGGCGAGGGCGUUGGAGGAGAGUUUUGAGAAACAGGCGUAAGAACUCCAAUCGAGUAGGGUACUCUAUUGGAGUACAUAUUAUCAGUGACGGUUUCCUAUUCUGUAAUCUUAGCGCCGGUCUUUCCCACUUCGCUUUAGUUUUUUUUUUCUUUUUGGCUGUCUAUAGUUUCCACAGCAAGUACUUGAACAUGAAUGUGACGU